AUGUCUUGGGAAGUGCUGCCAGUGGAGGUACCAGGAGCAGAUACUGAAAACAUGUCUCUGGAAUCACUGCCCACAGAGGUGCCAGGAGUAAAUCCUGAAAAUAUGUCUCUAGAACCGCUGCCCACGGAGGUGCCAGGAGUAGAGCCUGAAAAUAUAUCUCUGGAGUUGCUGCCCGUGGAGGAGCCAGGACUAUGUCCUGAAAACAUGUCUAAAGGUCUCCUGCCCAUGGAGGAGCCAGGAGUAUAUCCUGAAAAUAUGUCUAAAGGAUUCUUGACCAUGGAGGAGACAGGACUAUGUCCUGAAAACAUGUCUAAAGGAUUCUUGACCAUGGAGGAGACAGGACUAUGUCCUGAAAACAUGUCUAAAGGAUUCUUGACCAUGGAGGAGACAGGACUAUGUCCUGAAAACAUGUCUAAAGGAUUUUUGACCAUGGAGGAGACAGGACUAUGUCGUGAAAACAUGUCUAAAGGAUUUUUGACCAUGGAGGAGCCAGAAGUAUAUGCUGCAAAUAUGUCUCAAGAAUUGCAGCCCAUGGAGUUGCCAGAAACACUCUAUUACAUGAAUAAAGGGAAGACCAUGAUACCAUCAAAUGCACUAGAGGAUGGAAACUCAGGCCUUGGUUCCUUGGGAGAUGGUGAAUGGCAAAAAAGGAAAGACGAUGGUACUGGGCCAGACCAAGGUGGUUUCAAGAUAGAAUCCUCUCCUUGCUACCUGUUGACCGUAAGGAUCAUCCGGAUGAGAAAUCUCCAGAGAGUGGAUGCCUUAAGCCAGGCUGAUUGCUACGUGUCCUUGUGGCUGCCGACUGCGACAUGUGAAAGGUCACGCACUAAAACUGUGAGAAACUCUGACAAUCCAGUGUGGAACGAAACCUUCUACUUCAGAAUCCAGAGUCAAGUCAAGAACGUGCUGGAGCUCACGGUGUAUGAUGAGGAUUUUGCUACUCCAGAUGACCACCUCCUCUGUGCACUCUUUGAUACUGCUAAACUUCCACUUGAAAGAACAGUGAUCUUGUACUUCAAGCCUAGCCCAGAUGCCAAGGAGGAACUAGAGGUUGAAUUCAAAUUGGAGGUCGCACCUGGUCCUCAUGAAAUGAUUGCUACCAAUGGAGUGCUGGUGUGUCGUGAACUUUGCUGCUUGGAAGUUGAAGUGGCAGAGAAGACGAAGCAAAAAUCAAAGAAAGAACUUUCCCUGACUGUGAAGGGCUCUUUUGAGGGGACACAGGAUAUCGUGCUGGGCCCCAAUGGAGUCGUCAGCCCAGCGUGUCCCACCGAGUUCCACUACAUCAAGUACACGGAGCCAACGCUGGAUGUCAUGCUGCCAAAGAAGAGGCGCUACCACCCUUGGUCCUGUAGGUACAGUACAGAGACGGGCUCCCCAGUCGUGAUGCUGAACUCGCUGCCCAUGGGAAGGAAAACAACCAUUGCAGAGGAGAAAAGAUUUGACUUGAAUGUGACAGCAAAAGCUUGCAAUUGUUUGUGCCAUCAAGACCUGGACAUGCGCUUUGGGUUUAACUUAUGUUCUGAAGAGAUGGCUUUCCUGGGGAAAAGAAAGAGAUAUGUAGCAAGUGCUCUCAAAAAUGUUUUUCACCUACCACAUGAUCUGCAGGAUCAAGAAGUUCCUGUCGUGGCUAUCAUCACGACAGGCGGAGGUCUGAAGUCAAUGACAGGGUUGUAUGGCAGCCUCAUGGGACUGAAGAAGUUAAAUCUCCUGGACUGUAUAACAUACAUCAGCGGGCUGUCCGGCACCACGUGGACCAUGGCCAACUUAUACAGAGAUGCCUACUGGUCACAGAAGGACCUGGACUCACAUAUUGGUGAAGCCCAAAAACAAGCAACAAAAUGCAAGAUGGGCUGUUUCUCUAUGGAUCGCAUGAAGUACUACAACAAGCAGCUUUGCCAGAGGAAAGAGGAGGGAUACAGGACAUCAUUUAUAGAUCUUUGGGGUCUCAUGAUUGAGUACUUACUAAAUGAUGGGAAAGACCCCCACAAGCUUUCAGAUCAGCAAGAAGCACUGUGUGAUGGCCAGAACCCACUGCCCAUCUAUGUGUCAGUCUGCGUCCGGGACAGUUACAGCACCAAUGAUUUCAAAGAGUGGGUGGAGUUCACUCCCUACGAGGUGGGACUGCUGAAGUACGGCGCGUUUGUUCGCACGGAGCAUUUCGGAAGCGAGUUCUUCAUGGGCCGCAUGUUAAAAAAGCUCCCCGAAUCCCGCAUCUGCUACCUUCAAGGUAUGUGGAGCAGUAUAUUUUCUGUAAACCUUUUACAAAUAUGGGGCCUGUCCCACAGUUCAGAGGACUUCUGGAAGAGAUGGACGCAAGACAGAAUAGAUGAAGUUGAUGAGGACCCGGUGCUGCCCACAAGACCCCACGAGCUGAGGACUCGCAUGUACACCCCGCCUGGCCCCCUGUCCAGCGCCCUUCGGGGAGCGCUGACCGACCGCUUCUCCGUGGCCCAGCACCACAAUUUCCUGAAGGGCUACCAGCUGCACAACAGCUACAUGGAGAACCAGCACUUCUGUCGCUGGAAAGACACUGUGUUAGACACACGUCCCAACCAGCUGAUGCAAAAUCCUGAUCAGCUGGGCAUGAUAGAUGCUGGAUUUUUCAUCAAUACCAGCAGUGCACCACUUUUAAGGCCCCAGAGGGAAGUGGAUGUCAUCAUCUACCUAAGUUAUACUACUGGAUCACAUACAUCGUCUCUAGAUAAGGCGUGUAAAUACUACUCAGAGCAGAAAAUCCCAUUCCCAACAAUUUCUUUGACUGAUGAAGAUAAGAAAAAUCUGAAGGAGUGCUAUGUCUUCCAAGAUUCAGAUUUGCCAGGAUGUCCGAUUGUGAUUUUUCUUCCCCUUGUGAAUGAUACCUUCAAAGAGUACAAAGCACCUGGUGUCAAGCGCUGUUGCUCAGAGAUGGAGGAAGGCCAGUUGGAUUUGACCAGCUCCUGUUCCCCCUACUGCAUGUUCUCGGUCAGAUACACAGAUGACAACUACCGCAAGCUGCUGAAUCUCAGCGAGUACAACAUCCUCAACAACUCUCAGAUGAUUAUGCAGGCCUUGCAGACAGCAAUGCAAAGGAGAAGGCAGAAGAUGUGCUGA